AUGGCUCCCGGGGCGCUUCGGGUCCUUUUGAUCGGCAAGGGCGGCAGAGAACAUGCCCUCGCCUGGAAGCUGAGCCAGUCGCCUUCCGUAGCGCACGUCUUCGUCUGUCCUGGCAACGGCGGUACCGCACGGGGUCUGGACAAUGUCUCCAACGUCCAGGUCUCCCAUCCCGAUGACUACGCCUCCUUGGUCGCGCUGGCAAAGGAGCUGAGCAUCGGCCUGGUGGUGGUCGGCCCUGACGAGGAUGUGGUCGCGGGUAUUGAGGGCUUCUUCCGGCGCGAGAACAUUCCCUGCUUCGCCCCGACCAAAGAGGCCGCCGAGCUGGAGGGCUCCAAAGCCUUUGCCAAGGACUUUAUGCGCCGCCACGGCAUUCCCACGGCGAAAUACCAAACCUUUGACGAUGUGGCCGCCGCGAAGGAGUACAUGCGGUGCGUCGACCACCCCGUCGUCAUCAAAGCCAGCGGCCUCGCGGCCGGCAAAGGCGUCGUCCUCCCCCAGACCAAAGACGAGGCCUGCGAGGCGUUGGACGACAUGAUGGUGCGUGAGCAGUUUGGCGGCGCCGGCUCGUCCGUCGUCGUCGAGGAGCUGCUCGGGGGCCAGGAAAUCAGCGUCCUGACGUUCAGCGACGGCAGGACGAUCAAGACCCUGCCGCCGGGACAGGACCACAAGCGCGUCUUUGAGGGGAACAUGGGUCCGAAUACCGGCGGGAUGGGCGUGUACGCACCGACGGGGUUCGUGUCGGAGGCGGAGAUGGAGGUGAUUGAGGAUACGAUCCUGAGGCCGACGUUUGGGGGUUUGCGAGCUGAAGGGCGGGAGUUCAGGGGGCUGCUCUUCACCGGCAUCAUGAUGACCCCUACCGGCCCAAAGGUCCUCGAGUACAACACCCGCUUCGGCGACCCAGAGACGCAAAGCAUGAUGCUCCUCCUCGCCGACGACACGGACCUCGCCCAGGUGCUCCUCUCAUGCACCAACGGCACUCUCGCAGAGACUAGACUCUCCAUCGGGCCGGGCUACGCCUGCAACGUCGUCGUCGCCGCGGGCGGCUACCCAGGCGCGUACCGCACCGCCGACGACAUCGAGAUUCUAGGCACGAUGCCACCCGACGCGGUGGUGUUCCACGCCGGAACGAAGCUCGUCGGAGACAGGCUCGAGACUGCGGGAGGACGCGUCCUGUCCGUGGCGGCACGCGGCGACAGCUUGGAGGAAUGCGUGGCGGCCGCGUACGAGGGCGUCAGAGCCGUGCGCUUCCGGGGCAUGUACUACCGCAAGGACAUUGCCCUCUACGGCCUGCAGCUUCACGCUCGGUUGGAGACGGGAGCCCCUCGCCGAUAA